AGCGGCUCCUUGGAGUCCACAGCUUCCACCGCCGGAGCCUCGCCUUCCUUUCUCCCUCUGCAGACAUAUCGAGACACAAAAAAAGAGGCGACCCCUGGACCAGCGCGAGGGACCCACCCGCAAGAUGACGGAGACCACCAAGACCCACGUUAUCUUGCUUGCCUGCGGCAGCUUCAAUCCCAUCACCAAAGGGCACAUUCAGAUGUUCGAAAGAGCCAGGGAUUAUCUGCACAAAACUGGAAGGUUUAUUGUGAUUGGUGGGAUCGUCUCUCCUGUCCACGACUCCUACGGAAAACAGGGCCUUGUGUCAAGCCGACACCGUCUCAUCAUGUGUCAGCUGGCCGUCCAGAAUUCCGACUGGAUCAGGGUGGACCCGUGGGAGUGCUAUCAGGACACCUGGCAGACAACCUGCAGUGUGCUGGAACAUCAUCGGGACCUCAUGAAGCGGGUGACUGGCUGCAUCCUCUCCAAUGUCAACACACCCUCCAUGACGCCUGUGAUCGGACAGCCCCAAAAUGAGACCCCUCAGCCCAUUUACCAGAACAGCAAUGUGUCCACCAAGCCCACUGCAGCCAAGAUCUUGGGGAAGGUGGGAGAAAGUCUAAGCCGGAUCUGCUGUGUCCGCCCACCAGUGGAGCGCUUCACCUUUGUGGACGAGAAUGCCAAUCUGGGCACGGUGAUGCGGUACGAGGAGAUUGAGCUGAGGAUCUUGCUGCUGUGUGGCAGUGACCUGCUGGAGUCCUUCUGCAUCCCGGGGCUCUGGAAUGAGGCAGAUAUGGAGGUGAUUGUGGGGGACUUUGGGAUUGUGGUGGUGCCCCGGGACGCAGCUGACACAGACCGGAUCAUGAAUCACUCCUCAAUACUCCGCAAAUACAAAAACAACAUCAUGGUGGUGAAGGAUGACAUCAACCAUCCUAUGUCUGUUGUCAGCUCAACCAAGAGCAGGCUGGCCCUGCAGCACGGGGACGGCCAUGUCGUGGAUUACCUGUCCCAGCCGGUCAUCGACUACAUUCUCAAGAGCCAGCUGUACAUCAAUGCCUCGGGCUAGCAGCCACACAGCGCUGGGCUCCACUCUCCCCUCGUCCUCCGCCAACACACUGGCCCCUCCAGUCUCUGUCAGCCCCUCGUUUUCCUCUCUGUUGCUCCGUCUCCUCAUCCUGACUGUUCUCCCCACUUGCUGACUCAACCCUCCACGGUGUGGGGGCCUGCAGAGAACCACGGCACACCCUAUUCAGCAGUCAUCUUUGGACAGACUUUCCUCUAGUCUCCGGGUCGGGGGUGGGUGAGGGAAUAGGGUGGGAGUUGGGGGGAGUGCAGUCCUUAGAGAUGUGCUGGUAUCUGUCUCCCAGCAUGCUCUAGAGAGCGGCUCCGGGGCCCGUCCUCCCAGCAUGCUCUGGGGAGGCGGCUCUGGCUCUCGCCUUCCCAGCAUGCCCUUUACCAUGAAGGGCUAUUUUUCUUUCUUUUCUUUUUUUCUUUCUGCUCUUGUUUUUUGGUGUGGUUUUUUUGUUUGUUUGUUUUGGUUUGGUUUUUGGUUUUGGGGGGUUUUUUUUGGUUUUGUUUUGUUGUUCACUCCUCAUAGAAUUUGGAUGAAAUCCGUUUGCGUGGUUCUUUAUGUUUGUAGUCUCAAUGCAUUCCUGUGGGGUAAACCUCCCUUUUGAUCGGACACUGUAACCAGCCUCAGCGCUCAGUAUGUGGGUGAGGGCCACACCCGGUAAAGAAGGUCAGGCUGCCUCCACUUUCCCAACACUCCCUCCCCCACUCACCCACUCAAACCCUCCACACCCAUACACCCACACACAGCAACAGUCUAGGGUCAGGACUGAGGCUUCCAGGUUCUGAAACCUGGGAGGCGUAUCUGGGAAUAGUAGGGUUUCUCAGAAGAGUUUGAGUCUGUUUCCUUUGUUUUAGAAGAUCAUUUUCCUGAUGCUCUGGGCCUGUGAUCACACGGAGCCAGUCUAUCGUCAUAUCCUGGUGGCAUUUGUACAGUUUCUCCUUUGGACUGUGACUGAUGGCACAGUGGGUUCCCUGCCAGCCCAGCAUUUCCAAGGAAGCUUCAGGUCACCACCUAAGCCCUUGGAGGUCAUAGCUAGCUACAUCCCUGCCUCCAAAAAGAAUCACAUAUUCAAAGCCAAAUCCUACCAAUGCAGUCAUUUCUGAAAUAAAACAUGCUAGGAAUUCACUCAACCCUAGAGAUCUUUGCUAAUUGGAAUUAUUUUUUGCCUGUUUGGCUGGGAGAUGUUUUUGUCAUGCUAGAAGUCCAGGAUGGCCAAGGAGAGAGCAACUUGUUGCCCUGAUGGAAUUGAUGGCUCUCACCUACUCUCGCUGUGCUGACAUAGCUGGUGCCUGAGGUCAGUUUCUUCUGGAGACACACUACUUCGGCCUUGUUUCUUGAGCUACUCAUAUCUCCUGCAGAGCCCAGAAACCACACUCAUCGCCUGAGGAGACGUGUCUGGCAGGGGAAUGGGUUCACAGAACAGAGGUCAUGGCGGGGAGGGCAUCAAGAGCCACUAAAUUGUUUCAUUCUUUUUCUAACUUCUUACCUUGUCUGCUGCUCCUGGAAACAGUUCUGACAGACUGUUCUAGUUGUUCAGGUCUCAUUCAGGCCCUGUUUCGAGAGCCAAAAGAAAAUUAUUCUCUUAUGCUUAUGCUCUGUGUCUCUCAUCUAGUCUCUGGCUCUGGGGUUUCUGGUUGUCUUCAUGGAAUGGGUCUCCAAGGAGCUGGAUAAUUUUAUCAAAAUCUAGUGCAGUUAUGGUCCGGGAGGGGUGGGGUGAGAUCUGACAUCAGGGACACCAUUCUUCAGCACACAUUUCACAUCUGUGACAUUCUUCAAUGGCCUCCAGGAAAAGGAACAGGAUUCAACAGAAGAGCAUGUUACAGCAUCAUCUAGGAGGGUGUUAUUCCUCUUGGAUUAUGAAAAUAAUCUCCAGAGGAGGGAAUGAAGAUUCUAAUCCUGGGUUUCGGUGUUUGGUUAAGGCUCAUGAAAUCAUAAAUGGAAAAAAAAAAAAAACCCACAACUUCAGAGAUUAGUUAAUUCAACAUACUCCUUUAAAAGAUGAGGGAGCAGAGAUCCACUGGAUUAAAUGGCUGGCCCAAGGUUACAAAGCAAGUGUAGAGCCUGGCAAAAGGAUAUUGUUUCCCUGACCCUUAGGUCAUCCCACCCUGUUCUCUCUGUCCCUCUAGUUCCCCCAUGAUAUUGACCAGGUAGCAUGUGGUUUCUACACUUUUCAGCCUUUAUCUGGCACCUUUCUUUUAAAUUAUGUCUCACCCAGGUGCUCCUAUAUAGGGCAUUGUAUAUGGCAGUCCUGAGGGAAGGGAGAAAGGCCAUAGCUAGGUUUCCCUUAGAAAUCAAGAGAUCUCAACAACUUAGAGGAAAUCCCAAAAAGUGACCCACUGAAUCCAAGAAAGGAUUGCUUUAUGGAAGGCUAAGAAAGACCUGGAAUGUUCAAGAUGACACUAGACAGAGAGACACAGAAGAGGCUUUUUUCUGGGCAAAAUGGUCCUAAUCCAGGAAAAGAAAACAGGGAACUGAAUUCCCUAGGGCAACAUGACAUUUUUAAGGAUGUGGAGUUUCUCUAUGGUUAGAGUUUAUUAUGAGGAUCUACAUAAGCACAUCUGAGAAAACCCAGACGUCAUUUGUCUCUUUGGUGCACCCUGUUACUCUGCUGGGCUCUGUGAUCAAGUCCCAUUUGGUCCGCAGCCCAUGAUAGGGAACUGGGCUGGCUGUGUAUACUCUCUGUGGGGAUAGGCAGGGAAACAACAGGGGCAAUAAAGAUGUCUGGAAUGAAAUGGGGCAGAUCUUAUCUUGGUGGAUCACAGGGAUUAUAUUAAAAUAGCUUUUCUUUAAUAUAAGGAAAUGUGAAUUUCCUUUUGGGUAGAAUUGUCCAUUCUCCAACCUGCCCCAUUCUUCAUUUGCUAGGGGGAGGUCAGAGCCCCUAUCUCAGUCCAGGGCAGGACAUUGUGCCUGUGAUGCUGCAAAGGCUGGCACUAGAAUGACUCAGAGUUUGAAGUAGUGCCCCAGGUGCCACAAGGAUGACCUCUAGGCCCUGACUUCCCCCUCUGGGGUCCCACUUCUUCCUACAAAGGCCAACUCAAGGCUGGCAUGGCUAGAGAUUUUGAGAAACGCGUGGGGUACAAUGAUCAUGUUAACAGAGAGGUCAGGAGCCUCAUUUCCUGCCUAUCGAUGAAAAACAUCCCUCUUGCUCUUCUGAAAGUGGCUGAACAGGCAGGAGGGAAACCCUUUGUGCCAGUGACUCUCACCUCAAGGAGUGGCCCUCUGGGGGGUUCUGUGCUGCUACCUGGUACCUCAUUUGCCACCCCCAACCCCAGGCAGUCUCUGGGGCCUUCUUGCUUUCAUUUUCCUUGAAUGUACAUAAGAACAGGGGAGGAAAGUCUCUUACUGAAGUGCCUGAAACCCAGAGCUAGAGCUUCUAGAGACGCUAUCUAUUCUUCCAUCUCCACUUGGCCAACUUUCCCCAGCGUUCUCUGGUCUCAUGCUUCAGCUUCUCAGAAAGAAGAACUUGCUGUUCUAAUUAAGUAGAAAGUGAGACUCAAUAAUCAAACUGCAGCAAAAGGCAGAGGAUUACGAGGAGACAUGACUUGUAUUUUAACAGCCCAAAUCUACUCUCCCCAACUGAUAGAAACACACACUUUAGGGGACUAAGAGAGAGAAGCAUGUUAUUAUAUUCCAUUCAUCAAAAGAGUAAGGCAAAAAUAAAUCCAUAGAAUAUGAAAAGCUCAGGAUCUCUCCCAAGGCUACUGCAGGAAGGCUGACAGGUGAGAUGGGGAGGAUGGAAACAGGGACUGAUUUUGUAGCUCUUCCAAUUAGGAUACCCGAGGAAUAGCACUGUGGUCCGAUUCAUCCAGUCUGCACCUUCCUAUAGCUGCCCAGUGAACUGAAUUCUUCACGUGGUUUCUUUGUCGUGUAAGUUUGGGUUGUCCUAUUAGCUUGUUCCAGUUACUUAGGAAUGAGUUACACUCUUUCCCUUCAGUCUAGCCCAGGGCCAGAACUCAGUUUGAUCCAAACGGUCUCAAGGAUUGGCGCGGGGAGGGGGAAGCUUUUUUUCUGAAUCACUUUUGGUCACUGAGUCUGACGUUUUGAGAGUAAGAUUUGCUUUAUUAAAAUCAAUUCAUUAAUAAAAACUACAUUAAAGUUGCGACACCAUUUCACAGUGAAAUAUUUUGAGUAAAAUUUUGUUGCUAGAAUAGUCACGGACAAAAGUUUUAUCAGCGAAAUGUUUCAAUUACGUUAAUAAAUAAGACAACGAUAUUCGUAUUGUGUCUUUGUCCAGAAUCUUCUCUGUAAGCUGCAGAAUUAAUCACUUUUUUGUCAUAGUCUUACUUGACAGGAGCCAACAGUUGCAAAAAUGUUCUUAGAGCAGAGAUUUUCUGCCCAGUUUAGCUGAUGUCACAUGUGUAAUAUGAAAGAAUAUACAGCCAUACCCAAGGAUCAUAAGCAGGGAAGGAUAAUUAGCAAAGUUGUGAAUUAUGCCUAAGAGUUUUCAAUUAAAAAAAAAAAAUCAGAUCUUAGAACCUACCUAAUCUGCAUUGUCUCAUCUUGGUUAGCUUUGGCUCCCUAAUGAAAUUAGCUCUUUAUAAAACAAAAAUGUAUUUGUAAAAACUCAGUUCAAAUAACUCACUUUUGGUAUAAGAGAUCUUAAGACAAAUCAUUAAACUCUCAAUUUGGGCAAUGUAAACAAGCAAAAAAAUGAAUAAUUUGUUAAUUGUUCAGUUCUGCUCUAUUAGUCCUUAUUUCAUGUGUAGUUGUAACACAUAUUGUGUGUUGAUAUAGAUCUAAAUGAUGAUUGUCAUUAGCUAGUAUCAGUCGUGAUUCAGAAGGUAAGAUAGCAAUUCCCCUUUAGGACCCUCAUUUAGGGCUUAGCCACUUGUUUGUCAGAUUAGUUGUGAUUUUUUUAAAAAAUCAUUUUGGUUUUUACUAUGUGUUUUGUUGUUACUGUUUACGAUUGGGAAUAGUUAGCUUUUGUGUGUAUCCAUCUGGGUUUGGUGGCACAUCAUAAUGAUGCUUGAUAUGCCUUGUAAAUUGAUUACUUGUGUUUACAUUUGUUAUUUUGGCCACAAACCGAAACCAUUUUUUUCUGUGUCCUGAGGGUAUGUGAUGUUGAAAGCUUGGUUUAAAAUUGGGCAUAAACAUUGGUUUAAUUUGCUAACUUACAUGAACUUAUAAAAAAAAUAUGCACUCACUAUGAACUAACAUACAUGUGCCUACACAUUUCUUCUCUUAUGACCCAUAAGUAAGCUUCAGAGCUUAGAAUUUCUUAGGAAGUUCCAUGUAGUCCAUAGUGUAGUCCAAGCAAAAAAAAAAAAAAAAAAAAAAAAAAAAAAAAAAUUUAAUGUCUACUUUCCAGGUGGGAAAAUUGGACCAUAGUGAGAAUCCACGACAUUUCCAUGACCAUGUAAAAACAUUAAAAGAAGACCUAAUAAACAUAUUCCUGGUCCUUGA